CGUCAGGGAACUAAUCUACGCACGUAUAAAAGCGCCCAAACUUGUUCUAGUCAUCAGUUUCAUUUCUGUAGUUUCUGUAGACAGUGAUAAAUUGAAAGCCUAACAUUACCGAUCAUAAUUACAAGUGAUUACGCAGCUGAUAAAAUGUCACCCUUAACGUUAUACCAUUUUCCGAUUUCACCCCCUUCACGAUCUGCUUUGCUCGUAAUACGUAAUCUUGAACUGGACGUAGAGAUAAAAAUUAUCAAUUUGAUGGCAGGUGAUCAUAUGAAGGAAGACUUUUUGAAGAUAAAUCCCCAGCACACAGUACCGACGAUUGUCGACGGCGAUUACGUGCUGUGGGAGUCUAAGGCUAUCGUAACCUACCUAGUGGAGCAAUACAAUCCGGAAAGCUCUCUGUACCCCAUGGAUCCCAAACAGCGCGGCAUCGUAAAUCAGCGACUGUACUUCGACUCAACGGUGCUUUAUGCUCGUGUGCUCUCGGCCAUUAUCCCGAUUUUGCGACAAGGUGUUACCAACAUUCCACAGGAUAAGAAGAAAGCCAUUAAAGAUGCACUGGGAACAUUAAAUACUUGCCUCGACGGUCAGGAUUGGGUCGCCGGAGAGAACUGUACCGUUGCUGAUCUCAGUCUGUUGGCUUCCGUUUCCACUAUUAGUGCAAUCGGAGUUGAUUUGAGUGAGUUCCCCAACAUUACUACUUGGUACGAUCGGUGCAAAUCUUUGCCUGGAUAUGACGAGAACGAACAAGGGGCAACAGCGUAUGGCGUUGCCAUCAAAUCGAAAUUGGAUGAACCUUUCUGAAUGGUUCCAACGUGUUUUCAUGUACCUAAAGUUUUCUGUAAAAAGGAAAGAACUUAGCGGGGAACAAAUUAUCCAGAUUACAUCACUACUUUCAUCUACUUUCAUUUUUAUUCAAAUAAACAACAUCAAGACAAAAUGUACUUACAUUUAAAAUAAAAACACAGCAACAGGAAAACAGUUGCAAAAACA